CAUUUUUUUUUGAAACUCAUAAAGAGCUUCAAAUAUUACAACAAGAUUUUUCUUAUUUUCAAAUACAUUUCGUAACUAUUGACAGCAACAUUUCUGAAUUAAAUUUAGAAAAUAAUGAUGAAAUUUUAGACAAAGUAAAAGCGGAGAAUAGUGAAUUUUUAGUUAUUACAGAAAUUCAAUUACAAAAAUAUCAACAACUUUUUAAAAAAACUGAAAUUAUUGAAGGUGAUAACUUAGGUGAUAUUGAAAUGCAACUCUUAGACGAAGAAAUCAAAUAA